UUAGGUUAGACUGUGACAAAACAAAGAUGUUGAGUGUGAUUUCGCAAAUAUUCUAAUGUCAAAUUUGUAACUCAGCUGUUGAGGGUGAUUGACUUUUCAUUUUGAUCAAAACCGUGAAUUACCCGUCACUAUUCGUCCGAAACCGCCCUCAAAAAGCUCCAAACAGCCCCACACAAGACAAUGAGCGAACUGUCGCAAGAAGAGAUGCGUCGACGGCGACUGGCCCGCCUGGCAGUCCUGGACAACGUCUUGCCCUCCGGCUCGGUCUCGCCGCCCGUGACCCCCGUCUCGCAGUCGCCGGCGGCGCAGCACAGCCCCCCGACCACCCCCGAGAAGGACUUCGAGGGGGUGUUCCAGGUGCCCAGCAAGCCCAUCGACAUGCCCUCCGGCUCCAAGAGCCGCAGGCCGCCGCCCCAGCGGAGCGACUCGGAGACGAGCUCCAUACACAUGGAGGUGGACGAGGCCAGCGGGUGCGCCGACAAGGCGGGGGCCAACACGGACAUCGACUCGGGGUUCGAAAAUAUGGAGGUCGACGAGACCGACGUCCAGAAGAAAGACGCCCCUCGUCAACGAACAUCAUCCUCAGCGACCGAAAUCACCGAAGAACAACUCCUAGCAACGGUCCUCCGCAUCCUCCAUUCCACCCUCGAACAACCAUCCGAAAGUCGCAUUUAUCUCCCUCAAACCGCCACCGACGUCAAAACCCACCCUCAAACCUCAAUCCGCGACAUCAUCUCCAACGCACUGAUGGAAAUCAUCGUCCAAAUCUCACAAGGCAAUAACCCCUUCAAAGACCUGAUCCCGAGCAACGACACAGCCGACACCAGCAGCAUAAACUCGCUAAGUCCCUCCCCCAGCCCUAGCCACACCUGCCCCAUACCCACCCUGCCAAUCAAACGAGUGGAAGUGGCGGAAACGCCCCUAAACCUAGCACUGAAUUACCUAAUGGAUUGCUACAAUCGUGUGAGCGUCGAGGAACGAAACCACCCGAAGCGAUCGAGUAUUCCCCCGUUAAGUGACGUUUUAACGGAAGUUCGGGCACAACUGGUGCACUACACAACGUUGUUACUCCAAGGUUUUAUCAUAGCCAAUGACGAGUUGUACAAAUUCGGGCGUUCGCCCCUUUUGAGCCCCAUUUUGCAGCAGACGCUCCCGCGGGGGUUCCUCACCGAGCUGGUGACCCGAACCCACACGAACACGUCGUUGUUCUCGUCGGUUUUCUCGCCACUGCUUCAGGGACUUUACCGAAUGAUGCAGAACGCGAGUAUCGUGGGCGAGGAGCACCGAAUGCCGAUCCAGACAUUGUUCGAGUUGGCCGAUAUUCGGUGCGGCAGCCGCCCCAUCUGUACGCUAAUCACGAAACAAGUGCAAUUUAUGCUGGAGCCGUGUACGCCUGCGCAAGGCCGCGAAGUUGUCCGAACGUCGUUUCUCGGGCCGUUUCUGUCGGUGUCGGUGUUCGCCGAAGACGAGCCGAAAGUGGCCGAGAAGUUCUUCUCGGGGAAUUCGUCGAGUGAUAAGAGUUUGAAUCAUACGCUGCAGCUGGAGCUGGAGAAUACGCGGAAUUUGCAACAUAGAAUUUUUCAUUAUUUGUUGGCGAAUCCGGAGAGUCGUGAUGGGUGUUUGAAUUAUUUGGCGAAGGUUUUGAAGUAUAAUGAGAAGAGGGCGCAGCUGCAGAUGGAGGAGAGGUCGCUGGCUGGGGACGGGUUUAUGUUGAAUUUGUUAAGUGUUUUGCAAAUGUUGUCGAUGAAGAUUAAGUUGGAUAAGAUGGAUUUUUUGUAUCCGUUUCAUUCCGAAAGUUUGAUUUGUAUUAAGAAUGAUACGAGGUUGAAGUAUACGUCGCAGGAUGUCGCCACGUGGCUGGAGAGUUUGGAAAAAACCCACCAAUUCCAAACGCCCAACUUUUCGACAAUUUGUUGGUUCUUGACACUCCACUGCCAUCACCUCGCCCUCCUUCCCGCACUCCAAAAAUACCAACGUCGCAUUCGCGCCAUUCGUGAUCUACAAAAACUCCUCGACGAAACGGUGGCUGCGGAAGCACAGUGGCGUAACACACCGUUCGCCAAUCGCAAUAAACAGUUUAUCAAACGGUGGAAACAACAAUUGAAAAAAUUGAACAAAUCUAAAGCGUGCGCUGAUGCCGGACUACUAGAUAAGAAUCUAAUGCGACGCGCUUUGAUUUUUUACACCUCAGUCGCUCAGUAUUUACUGAGUCUGAUGACAAAUAUGGCGCCGGGGAGUCCCGUGCCGAGUCUACCACUGCCGCCGAACGUACCCGAAGCAUUCUCGGCGCUUCCCGAAUGGUACGUCGAAGAUAUAGCCGAGUUUCUUCUAUUUGCCUUACCAUAUUUCCCGACCGUCAUCACGGAGAACAUGGAAGAUUCCCUAAUCACGUGGUUGCUAGUGACAAUUUGUUCCUCCAACAUGGUCAAAAAUCCCUACUUGGUGGCCAAACUGGUCGAAGUCGUCUUCAUAAUAAUCCCAACGUUUCAACCGCGUUGCGAAAUGUUGUACGACCGUUUCAUGUCGCACGAAAUUUCACGAAGUGUGCUACCCAGUGCCCUGAUGAAGUUCUACACCGAUGUCGAAACGACCGGCUCCAGUUCGGAAUUUUACGACAAGUUUUCAAUCCGUUACCAUAUCAGUCUCAUAAUUAAAGGCAUGUGGAACUCGGCAAUACAUCGCCAAACGCUCGUCAACGAAUCAAAAUCAGGAAAACAGUUCGUCAAAUUCGUCAAUAUGCUAAUGAACGACACCACUUUCCUCCUCGACGAGAGUCUCGAAAGUUUGAAACGCAUCCACGAAGUGCAAGAGUUGAUAAGCGAUGAGGAGAAAUGGUCGAAAAUGAAUUCGGAACAGCAGCAAAGUCGGAUGAGACAAUUGACAGCCGAUGAGAGACAGUGUCGCUCCUACUUGACUCUAGCUCGUGAAACUGUCGAUAUGUUUCACUACUUAACGGUUGAUAUUAAGGAGCCGUUUUUGCGACCGGAACUUGUUGAUCGUUUAGCGUCGAUGCUUAAUUUUAAUUUGCAACAAUUGUGUGGCCCGAAAUGUAAAAAUUUGAAAGUGAGAAAUCCGGAUAAGUAUGGCUGGGAGCCGCGACGGUUGUUGAGUCAAUUGGUUGAUAUUUAUCUGCAUUUGGACUGCGAGGAGUUCGCCGCCGCUUUGGCCGGCGAUGAGAGAUCUUUCCGGAAAGAUUUGUUUGACGACGCAGCGGCGCGAUUAGAGCGCCUGUCAAUCAAAACUCCGGUUGAGAUCGAACGGUUUAAGGCCUUGGCCGAUAAGGCGUAUCACGUGUAUCAAAAUAACCAGAAAAGUGAUGACUGGAUGAGCGACGCCCCUGACGAAUUCAAGGAUCCCUUAAUGGACACUUUGAUGACUGAUCCUGUGUUGUUGCCCAGUGGGCAGGUGAUGGACAGGUCCGUCAUUAUGAGGCAUUUGUUGAAUAGCAGUACGGACCCGUUUAAUCGGCAACCAUUGACUGAAGAUAUGCUGCAGCCAGUGAAUGAGUUGAAGGAGCGCAUUAGGAUAUGGAAAUCAGAAAAGACACGUUCGGCAAAUUAAUUUUAUUAUUUUUUGGUAUAAAUAUAAUUUUUGGAUAAAACUGAGUUUAUUUCGACCGGAAGGAAGGAAGGCUGAGAAUCUCGUUUCGUUUGCAUUUGUUCCUCAAAUUCAUACUGCCAAAUUGUUGCUUUUUUAGUUCAGUAAUUAAUGCCAACUUAUUGUUUGUCUUGACUUUCCCCCAGUCCGGUGGAUUAUUUUUGUACAUAAUUAUACAAAACGCAAAGUGAGAUGUACAUUUUUUUCAUCUAAUCGAAUUAACUGUUAGUGCAAACAAAUUUGAUUGUUUCCCGAUAUUUUUUCUAGAUAAUUUUAGGUUAAAGCUUGUAGACACCGAAAUAAUCAAAUUUAUUUGUAAUGAAAACAAAGCAAAACAAUUUUUAUAUGAAAACGUAGGUUAGUUUGUAUGUAAUGGGUCAAUAAAAUUUAUACAAAAAUCA